GAUAAAAGAGGAAGAAAAGUACAUAACCAAUCGGAAAAAUGAAACAAAAACGUUCCGCGCGCACCGAUACUGCAAACAAUUUGAGCGUUAAGCGUCCUCUUUUACCAGGAAUAUCUUCAUUUUAUAGUUAUGCGGAUGUCGAGAACCCGCCACUCUACGAGUCAUCAUCGGAUGAUGAGCAGCAGCAGGAAUUUGUUAAGAGGAAGAAAAAGUUGAGUCGCGCGGAAAGAGUAGAGUUAAUAAAAAAACGGAACGACGAGAUUUUGAAGAAAGAAAAUGAGCUCGCCAACCUGACAGAGCCUAAGAACUCUGAGCAUUUUGAAAGGCUCCUGUUGGCUGAUCCCAAUAAUUCAGAGAUGUGGAUCAGGUAUAUCGCCUUUCAUGUGGCUUCAACGGAAAUAAAUAAAGCGAGAACGGUUGCAAAAAAAGCACUGGAAACUAUAAAUGUGACUAGGAUAGAAGACAAAUUUAAAGUGUGGGUGGCAUUACUCAAUUUGGAGAAUAUGUUUGGGACAAAAGAGUCUUUUGAAAGUGUAUUUCAGGAUGCGGUAAAGUACAAUGAUGCUUUGCAGAUUUACUUAAAGGGGAUACAAAUGCUGGCCGAGGCGGGGAAAUACGAAGAGAUGGAGCAGAAGGUUAAAAAAGUGAGAGGCAAGUUUAAACAAGAAUUGCAUAUGUGGUUGGAUCUGGCUAAAAUCUACUAUCAAUUAAACAAAUUCAAAGAAGCAAGGAACUGCAAAGAAGGCGCUUUGCGAUCCAUACUUGACAAGAAGACACAAAUAAAUAUAAUUGUUCGAUUUGCUAUUAUGGAAUUUAAACAUGGAGAGCCUGAACAAGGUUGUGCAAUAUUUGAAACCAUCUUGACAACUGAUCCCAGGAGAGUCAAUAUUUGGUGCACAUACGUGGAUCAGUUGGUAAAAAAGGGUGACAUACCACAGGCAAGGCAAGUGCUUGACAGGGCUGUAAGUCAAAAGUUACCACUGAAGUGUAUGAAAACUUUGUUUAUGAAGUUCAGAAAAUUUGAAGAGAGUUAUGGUACAGAAGUGAGUGUGGGAGCUAUCAAAGUUCGAGCCGCGGCUUACAUAGCUAGCAUUAAGUAACAUAAUA